AUGGAUCCCGAUCAAUUUUUCCUCCAUACUCACCAAUCCCCUUCCAAAAAAAGUCUUUCAAUUCCAGAAGAUACUGAAGAGAAUUUCAAACACAUCCUCUAUUCCGUCACACAAAAUGUCUGGGUUCCAAAAUCCUUCAAUCCAAUUUCAUGCUCAUCGCUCCCACCUUUAGAUGGCCCUGUCUAUCUGAAUGUUGCAAUUGAGCUCAUUGGGAAGUUGGAAGACCCUCAAGAAACCAUUAUUGAAAGCAUUAUUCAAACCAUCUUGACCACACUCUAUCAGUUCUCCAAAGGCACCACUGUCUGCCUAACUGGGAUAACUCCUGAAGAAACCCAGUUUGGGAAUGCAACUUUUGCCCUAUCAUUUGAGCCCAUCCAGGAGCCUCUCAAAGUACUCCUUGCCGGGCAGAACAUUGGACGACUCUCCUCUUUGCAACUGGAUGUACUGUUUGAAGCACGAAGGCACAGCCACCCAUUAUCUUUCACAGAAUCAAUGAAGCAACUCACUUUCAACUUGAUUUGUGAUCUAAUGAACCACCUAGCCACAGAAAUCCCAUUGGUUUUCAAUUCAAAAUGGCGAAAGUCUCUACCCAACAAGUUGGCUACUAUCAUUUAUAUGUCCACCUACACUGCCUCAAUUGCUGAUUCUGCUAAGGACGAGGAAGCUAGAAGUGAAGUUGGAAAGAUGCCUGUGGUCAGUGAAUCUUGA